AUGCAAAAAACAGCAAAUAUUGAAGUGACACUGAAGAUACCAUUUCCUACCAAACGGCAUGCGGAAAUAGCAUACGAAGUUCUACGUGUCGACAGUGAACCGAAACGAAGCUUUAUUAACAAACUAAUCAAGCUGGAAGAAAACAUACUCCUGCUAGAGUUGGCCGGUGAGCAAGCGAAGAAUGUACGCGUAGCCGUAUCAUCGUCCUGUGACUCGUUAAUACUUUGCUGCGAAACGCUUAACCAAUUCGGAGCACCCGUAUCGGAAAAGUACGACCAUUAUUAG